CUGACCAUAAUCCUCAAUGUUCCCCGCCCACGUUGUUUGCUCCUCAAAGUAUUGCAUAGCCACCAGUUUACCUUUACUCUGACAAUGCUCUGGGGCGGCGUGGAUAUAACUGUAGCAAACUAUCAGGGAGGAGUUUGACAAUCUUCACUGUCGGGACAGGCGACUGCGUUUUGACGAGGAAACACUCCAGAAGCGCAUCCUGACCAAAUGGCAAAGCCUACGUUGAAGUUGUGCAUGUGCUUAUGCUUGGUGUUAAACAGCAUAGUUAUUAUCGGCGUUUUGUGCGUGGCUCUCUUGACUCACCAAGGAUGUUCAGACGAGGAUUUUGGAAAAGCUGCGGUGGCGGCCGACUCGGAGAUGUGUUCGAAGAUCGGGCGGGACACACUGAGGCGGGGCGGCUCGGCGGUAGAUGGCGCUAUUGCUACCCUGGUGUGCACGUCCAUCAUUCACCCGCAGAGUAUGGGCAUCGGUGGAGGUUCAAUCUUUACCAUCCGUGAAAAGGACGGAAAAGUGAAAAUCAUUAAUUCUCGUGAGACUGUUCCUAAAGGUUUCAACAGUAAACUGAUGACGAUGUGCCCAAAGUCCUUCCAGCUAAUGUCCGGGAACGAUUGGAUUGGAGUUCCUGGAGAGAUCCGGGGCUAUGAGGAGGCCCACAGGCGCUAUGGGAGGCUGCCCUGGGCCAGUCUUUUUGAGCCCACCAUCAAGAUGGCCAGGGAGGGCUUCCCUCUUCCCCCUGUUCUGGCUCGCUUCUUAACGGUGUUAGACAAGGACAAGACACUGCCAGUACGGAACUUAUUUGUUGACAGAGACGGGAACCUGCUGAAGGAAGGAGACACGCUGCGAUUUGAGAAACUGGCGGAUACUCUGGAGAUCAUUGCAGAAAAAGGGGCGGAUGCAUUCUACACGGGGGACAUAGCAAGAGACUUGAUCAGUGACAUCCAGGAAGCAGGUGGGAAGUUGUCCCUGGAGGAUUUGAGCUUGUUCAGUGUCCAGGUGUUGGACGCUUGGAAAGUGCCGCUGGGAGACUACGACAUGUAUAUCCCACCACCACCAGCUGGAGGUGCUGUUCUGAGCUUUAUACUGAACACCAUGCGAGGUUACAAACCGACACCAGCAUCUCUUGAAGGGCAGCAGAAGACUCUUACGUUUCAGCGCUACGUGGAGACAUCCAAAUUUGCCAAUGCACUGAGGAGGUUCCUCAGUGAUCCAAGAUUCAGAUCUUCCAAGGAAGCAUUGGCAGCAACCCAGGAAGAGUUUGCCGAGAGAACAAGAGCAAUGAUUCAAGACAGCCAGACCCAUGAUGCCCAGUACUACAAUGUGACUCCAUCUCUGGACAGCAUGGGUACCACUCAUGUUUCAGUGCUGGCGGAGGAUGGCAUGGCUGUGUCCAUCACCAGCACCAUCAACCACAUAUUUGGGUCCAGAGUCUUCUCUCCCAAAACUGGCAUCAUCCUGAAUAACGAGCUGUCGGAUUUCUGUGGGAAAGCCAGCAGCAUUCAGGCAGGGGAACAGCCCCCCUCCUCUAUGUCUCCAGCCAUCCUGUACUCCAAAUCUAAGAAGCACACCAUGGUAGUAGGGGGAUCGGGGGGUAGCAUGAUCAUCACCGGUAUGGCUCUGACGAUAAUGAACCAUCUCUGGAUGGGGAAGAGCCUAAAGGAUGCCAUUUCUGCUCCUGUGGUGUUUGUUGACUCCAAAAAUGCACUGAACUUUGAGCCAAAUUUUGACAAGGGUGUUGAGGAGAACCUUAAAGCUUUGGGUCACGUAGUGGAGCAGAGGAAGAUGUUUUACAACGUGAUUAAUGCUGUGUCUAAAAAGGAUGGAUGCAUCACUGCUGUGUCAGACGAGCGGAAACUAGGAAAAGCUGCUGGAUAUUAAUUUUCCUCAAUACACUGGCGGAUUACUAAAGAAAAACAGUAAUGACCUACAUAUUCUCGUAAAGAGAGGUCAUUUAUCAACCAAGAAAACAAAACAAGGAGACUUCUGGGAUUUAACGCACAAGUCAAACCACUAUUGUCCUCUGACCUCUCGCUGAAGAAUAACCUGACCGGCUACCACUCUAAAAACAAGUCUUCACAAAAAAUUUGUCUGGACUUUGUUUUCUAAAGCACAUGAAUGUACAAGAAUGUACCUCAAGGAAUCGUGGUCAGAAGUGGCGCACAUUAUUCCAUCGCUUUCAGUUCCACCUGUUGAUGCCUCCGAACUCACUGAGGUGAAUGCUCUUAUUCUUAGUUUUGUUCGUGUGAGAGGUUGCUUAACGGAAGCAUUUAAGCAACACUGGUGCCUUCACCGUGGGGAAGAAAUAAUAGGUUUCUGUCAAAUCUGGAUGCUAAUCUAUAACCCACUGCUAAGUAAAUGCCGAGAAAAGAUCCUUCUCCAUGGUGGAAUUGGGUCUUCGCAAGCAUAGAAUGCAACCAAAAUUUGGUCAAUCAUUUGUCUGAGUUUUGACCAAUGUACUAUUAUGAUAUGAUGAAAGAAAUGAUAACCACGAUUUUGAUUUUAUUAUCAUUAUUUUAUAACAUUUGAUAUAAGGCCAUGAGACUGAAACAUGGAUGUUUGGAGGAAAGGGUAGGUGUGUGAAAGCCUGUAAUUAUGCCUCUCCAGAUCUGUAUUUAAAAUGUAGCUGAAAUGCCUUGUUGCAAAUAUGUAGACACAGUUAAUGUGACAAUCUAUCAUUGUGAGUUGUGCAAACAACUUUUAUUUUAACUAGUUUUUAUGAAGAUUUAUAAAUUGUGUAAUUUGUGGGUGUGAAAAAGUCUUUUUGUACUUGAGGAUGGUGUGCUGAGUCAUGUCUAUGUUUAGGCUCAAAGCACUGGUCCUUCCAAUUUUAGAGAGAGGAGACACGACUCGCCAUGGGUGGAGCAGGGGGUGCAAACUGGACUCUUAACCCUUGGGCCAUGUGGAAGGGGCCUCAUCUUCUCUGUGUCUGUGUGUGUAUGUCUGCUAGAAAUGUGUAAUGAGUUGUGAGAAUCUGAUUGACAGCCAGGCAGUAAAUCAACACAGUCUGCCACCUGCGUUCCAUCCCCCCCACCCCCCUUCGGCACCACCACACUAACACACACACACACACUCUUCUGCUCACACAGGUGCUCACUCGGCAUUCAGUGCCAUUCCUGUCUCAAGCAUAGCUGCAGGCGCACACGCGCACAAACACACACACUCUCUCACACACACACACUCACACACAAUCAAGCCAUGUGUCUGCGAGAAGCCUGGAGAACAGGAUUUAGCACAUGAGUCACCCCCGCAGGCUUAGCUGCAAGCUGUUUUCUCCAGUCAUGGAUUUCUGGAGAGUGGAACUGUCACUCUCUUGCCCCUGCUCUCGCCCGUGUAUGCGUGUGUGGGUAGAACUUAACGCAUAUUCUUGGGCAUAGUGCUGUGAAUUUGUGAGUGGGCUUUUCUCUUCGUGAAAAAGUAUCCUCAUAAUGGGACUUUGUCAGUAUCUGAGGAAAGACUUUGUGUGAGGCCAACAUUUCCAAUGGCUUACUAUUAAACAUGAGCAUGUGAUGAAUGUGACAAAUUAUAUGUAACACAUUAUGUAUGUCAACCAAUAUCUAUUGUAAUUUAUUCAUUAUCAUGCUGUAUUAAUAUAAGUAAUUAAUGAAUGUCUACUUUUACAAGUAAUGAAGGUUUAUAUAUUUUUUUGAAACUCUGUAAUAACAUGAGUAUUUCUGACAUAUUUCUCUUUGGUACAUUUCUCAGAUCAGAAUUAAAAUUCUCAAAACUGUUUGUUCAACCGUUA